GUGAUUUGUGUGAUAAAUUUGAAGUAACCUAAAAAAAUCUUCUAAAAUGCCAGAACUAAUCAAUGAUGCUAAAACUUUCCGCGAGAAAAUUAAGAGUGCUAAUCUCACUGUGAUUCACUUCUCUGCUGAUUUUGCAGAGCAGUGCAAAGACAUUGAUAAUUUGCUUGAUACCAUUGCCAAAGACAAAACAAAAUAUGGUUCUGUGCAAUUUUGCAAGUGCAUUGCUGAAGAGCUGUCCGACAUUUCUUUAGAGAAUAAAAUUGAUUCUGUGCCUACACUGCUUUUCUACAAGUUCCAUGAAGUUGUAGGUAGGGUUGAUGGAGCCAAUCCGGCUGAAAUCACAAAGAAGUUGGCAGAGUUAGCCAAUGCUCCAGACACUUUACAAGACAGAUUAAAGCAGUUGAUCAAUUUAAGCAAAGUCAUGUUAUUCAUGAAGGGAGAUAGAGUACAACCCAAAUGUGGUUUUAGCAGACAAAUCAUUCAAAUUUUAGAUGAUCUCAAAAUUGAAUACAAGACCUUUGACAUUCUAACAAAUGAAGCUGUUCGCCAAGGAUUAAAGGAGUACUCAGAUUGGCCAACUUAUCCACAACUCUACUGCAAUGGAAAUUUAGUUGGAGGGUUGGAUGUUGUAAAGGAAUUGAGAGAAUCUGAUGAGUUGAUUGGAGUUUUGAAUGAAUGAAGAAGAUAAACACAAUAACUUUGCUGGAAAUAUUUAAUAAAAAGUAAAUAAAUAAUUUUGACAA